AUGUCUGAACCUCCUAAACUAAGAGCCUCGAUCAUUGUCAUCUCCGAGACUGCCAGUAACGACCCUUCUACAGACAAGUGUAUACCGGGUCUCCGCGAGACCUUUGAAUCUGAAGCCAGUGGCCGCUUUGACACCAGCGACACUGUCAUAGUGCCCGACGACGUCUUAGAGAUCCAACGAGCAAUUACCGAGCGAACCGAUGGCGAGCAGUAUGCCAACCUUGUUAUCACCAGCGGCGGCACUGGGUUCGCGAGGAAGGAUGUUACGCCUGAGGCAGUAACGCCGCUGAUACAGAAGCAUGCUCCUGGAUUGGUGUGA